UCAUCAGACGGGGCGGUGGAGUAUACGUCAUCAGGAGGCAGCGGUGAACCUGCGAAGUGCUGGCGGGCGGCGGGCGGCGCGAGGGAAGUUCUCUUCGCUGCUUGCGCGCAGAGCGGCCUGGUCUGGUUGCUAUGGAGACAGCCGCGGUGCUGCGCGUGAAGAGGAAGCGAGGAGGCCCAUUGCCGGCCGAAGCGCUGGUACUGGCCUGCAAGCGCCUCCGCACCGAGCCUGGGGCUGCCGCCGCAUCCUCCUCCUCCCCCGGCGAGGGUGAGGUGGAGAAGACUCUCUUCAAGCUGGUGGCCACCGUAAACUCGGAGGCUGAACCUGUUCACAAAUACAUACAAGAAGCUUUUACCCAAGAGAAAGGAGGCCGGAUCCUGCGACCUGCUCUAGGAAGCGCUCAAAGAGUAAUUCAGGAUCUUCGUUCUUCGAAGCAGGCUAAAAGGCAAGAAAGCCGCUACCGCCUGAUCACUAGCCUCCGUCCAAAUCUCAGUGAUGGAAAAAAUGCAGUUCUUGGUGCAAAUGAGAAAGAAUCCGAUGAAAACAGCCAGGUUUCUAAGUCUGAGAAAGAAAGAAAUGAUGGCACCUCAGGCUGCUGGAGAGACUGUCAGGUUUUUGAUAUGGUACAGGAGGAGGAUGUGGAAAAUGAUACACCUGCUUCCCAUUUAAAGAAAUCGGAUCCGGAUGUGAUUCUUUGCAAUGCUGUAGAGAUGAUUCGUGAACGUUUAACCGUAUCUGACAAUAAUAAAGAAGCAGAGCAUUGCUUAAACAAAGAAGAGUAUGUCUAUGAUAUCUACUGUAUGGAAACAGCUGCUUCAGGGUGGAUUGAGAACAUUCUCUCUGUACAACCCUAUACCCAAGAUUUUGACUUGGUGGAUGAAGAGCACAUCCCUGAGGAAGUAUAUGAAGAUGAAGAUGAUGAGAAUAAUGAGAACAACUGGCGUAAUGACUACCCAGAUGAAGAUGAAUUUCUUGAUGAAGACUCAGAGCAUGGGGACACCAGCGAUGAAGACCGUGGAUAUAUCAAGAGAUCAUGGGAGAAGUAUGAAUCUGAAGUCCUGCAGGAGUUUGAAUAUGAUGGACUAAAGGAACUGGAUUCUGAAUAGCAUGCAGGACCUUUUGUAUUCAUGAGACUCUGCAUGUGAUGUGGCCUUAGCAAUCUGUGGUAUUACCACUCUCGCCCAUCAUGCUGUUUUGCCCUGGCACCUUCAUCUUGAGAGAAAGCAGACUGCCUUAGCAUAUACUGUCUCUAAAAUGAAAUGAUCUAAACUACUUUUGCAGAUUUUGGAUCUCAAACAUGGCAUCGUGUAAGAAAAGCCUGAAACUGAAAGACAAAUUUAACCAUUUUGGGAUGCCUGACAGCUCCUUCUGAUAUUAAAGGCAGAAGUUUCAAGAAGAAAUCUAAAAAGAUCAUCUUUACUACAACAUUGGAAAUGUUGCUACCUUACUGAAGCAAGCAGUUUGUUCUCUUGCAAAGUAAUGUUGGAUCACUGCCUCCCUUGUAAACAGAUCUGUAGCUUGAAAAUAAUUGUUCAGAUUGGAAAUCUCUGCACCUUAAUAUUCCUGGUUGCCAAGUAUAUAUAGCUGAUAAACUUUAUACAUAAGAGACACUUAUUAAGUUAUCUUUUUUUUUUUUAGAGUAUUGUGAUACUUUGAUUAAGAUAUGAGUUAUGGCAUGUCCCUUUAGGAAUUGGCAGUAUAUAUAUUAAAUUCUCACUUGUC